CCAUUUCAUUCGCCAUUUUGUUUUGUAUUGAGCAUUUUCAUUUUUCACCUUGGCUGUUGUCAGUUUAAUAACAAUUUGAAAAUAUUAUUUUUUCCACAUUUUCAAACAAUAUUCCCGCCGAAUCCAACAAGAAACAACAAGUUAAAAGGCUGCUAUGUCUGUAAAGGAAGAAAUAUAUAUAAAGGAGGAAGAAGAAGAAUAUGGAAAUGAUGAAGAAUAUGGAAAGGAUGAAGGAUAUGGAAAGGACGAAGGAUAUAUCGUGAAAUUACGUGGUUUGCCAUGGUCAGCCACCGAAGAACAUAUAACCAAGUUCUUGGACGGAGUAACCGUUCUUAAGGUCCACCUUACUUUUAGCAAAGAGGGGCGACCUAGCGGAGAGGCAUUUGUCGAGGUUAACUCCUUAGAAGAUUUGGAAGAGGCCGAAAAGAGAGACAAGGAACAUAUGGGUAGUCGUUACAUUGAAGUGUUCAAAGUGAACAGAGCUGAAAUGGACUGGGUGAUGAAAAGAGCAGGCGCUGGUUUUGAUGCAAACGAGGAUGGUUGCGUUAGAUUGAGAGGCCUGCCUUAUGAGUGUUCGAAGGAAGAAAUAGCCCAGUUCUUCACAGGGCUGGAGAUAGUACCGAAUGGCAUAACGCUGCUGACCGACUACUCGGGGCGCAGCUCAGGGGAGGCCUAUGUACAGUUUGCGAACAGGGAGGUGUCGGAGCGGGCUCUCAAGAAGCACAGGGAAAAAAUCGGACACAGAUACAUAGAGAUAUUCCGCAGUAGUUUGUCGGAAAUAAACGAGACCAUGGGCUACGAGAGCAGAGGCGGGCCGGCCCAGCAGCGCGGGCCUCCCGGGGGCGGCUUUAACAGCAGACCCAGCCCAUACGACCGCGGAGACAGGUUCGGCGGUGGCUCGGGGGGAAGGUACCCCCCGAGGGGCAGCAGGAGUUUCAAGGGGGCCAAUCUCAGCAACAACAGUCCGUGGGGCAGCCAAAAUGGGGGACCUAGAAAUGCGCGAAACAGUUAUGAUCCACAUGACUUGUGGCAACGCAGGAAUCACUGUAUUCACAUGAGAGGCUUGCCCUUUAGGGCUACACAACAAGAUAUUGCAGAGUUUUUCCGACCCAUAAUCCCCGUGACCAUCCACCUCCUGUCCGAACCCUCGGGCCGACCCUCCGGCGAAGCUGACGUCACUUUCGCCUCACACGACGACGCCAUCAGGGCCAUGGCCAAGGACAAGAGCAACAUGCAGCACCGCUACAUCGAGCUGUUCCUCAAUUCGUCGGGGGGACCGCAGGGUGGAGGGGGUCCCGGCAGGAACCAGAGGCGUUGAUGGAACGCGCGCAGCCCUACGAAGUAACCUGAGUAUUAUGAUGGGCAAGCAACCUACACAAAAACAAAACAAAUACACAAAGAAUAUCAUUUGCUCAAUAUUCUUUGCACAUAAGGAACCCACAUUUAUGUCGCUUCUGUGUAGUUAAGGUAUCCUGUUAAUUCUAUAAAAAAAUUGUAUGUCCUGCUUAAUUACUAGAAUGUUUUUAAGAAAAAAAAAACAGUUUUUUUAGGUCCCUACAGUAACAUUAAAGUUAUAGUUAGUUUUUUGUAUGUCCGAAUUUGAAUAGCACAUUUUCUUGUAAAAAUAAUUUAUUGUUUUGAAUCUUACUUAUAGUACAAUAUUUUCUUUUCUCUUAGGUUUUGAAUGAUUAACUUGGUGAACUGUUUUCCUGUUUUGUAUAGACUUUGAUAUAAUUUAAGGUUUUUGUGUCCCAUGGUAUUUUUGUUAGAAUAAAGUACACAUAUUUUUCACAAUUA